AUGUCACUCGCUACAAAACAACUACCAAAAGUUCCUAUAAUUAUAGAUAAUUCACCUAAAUUAAAUGAUAAGGAUCAUGAACAUGAUGUGUUAAAACCUUUAGAAAGAAAUAAAAAACCAUCACCAUUAAAACAACAAAUCACUCGAUCUUCAUCUUUAAGUAGUAAUGAAUCAAAAAAAUCAGCUUCAAGUACUAUAAAUUCAUUAACUGUUAAUAUGAAUAAAAAUGGUACCAAUGGUACAAAUGGUUCUGCAUACUUAAUUCAAGUAAAUAAAACUCCUAUUAAUUUAACUCCAUCUCAAAGAUUAAUAUUAAGAAAAUCUCAAUUAAAUGAUUCUAUAGGACAAUUUAAAUCAAAUGAUACUCAUAUUGGAGGUAGUAAAAUGAAUAUUAAGCAUACUUAUAAUCCUCAAGAUUUUGAUUUCCAAGAUGAAAUCAUUGAUGAAGGUAUUUAUCGUAAUGCUUAUAUGAAUAAUUCAGAUAUACCAUUUGUUCAACCAGUAUUAUCAGUUAAUUAUCAUGAUUUAUUAUUUCAAGAUCCUUUGCAACAACAUAAUAUAUCGAAUAGCAACAAUAAUAUCAGGAAAUUUUCUUUAACCAAUACAGAUUCUUCAACUCGUACAUCAUCUAUACUAAGUAUGGUAGAUGAUACAGGAAAUGAUACAACCAAUUCAUCGGUUGUUAGUGUUAAUGAUGAAUAUUAUGAAAGACCCAAAUUUUAUAAGAGUUCCUCAUCAUUAUCAAUUAGUCAAGUAGAUUUUAAUAGAAUAUCAAAGGAUGCUCAAGAACUUACAUUAUUAUUUAAUCAAAAUGAUCAAGUACAAAUGUUUGAAAAGAGUAAUCAAAUGAAACAAAUGUUGACGAAUUUUAAGAAAUUGAAUUCUUCAUUACCUUCAAUACAUUCAGAGACAAUUAAUUCGCCUCCAUCACCAUCAACAGAUGUUGAAUUAAGACGAUCUUCAUUACCUAAUUCAUAUCAAUCAUUCACCAGACCCACUUAUUUACCUCCAAAAGAUAUUAAUGAUAGAAUAAGACAUCAAAGACUUUCUAAUGAAAUGUUAAACAAAGCAGUUAUGAAAGAAUCUGAUAAACAAAUUAAAAAUUUACAUCGAUUAGAAAAGAUUAAAUGUCAAAAACAACAAGAUCUUAAGAUAUGGAAUAAACUUGUAUUAGAAACAGACCUUAAAGGAUUUAAUGCCCGAAUUAAAUCGACUAAACAUUUUGAAGAUUUAUAUUGGAGAGGAUUAGUUGAUCAACCAGAAGAUGCAAAUGAAGAUAAUAUCAGACGACAAGUUUGGUGGAAAGUUUUAAAUUUGAAUUAUUCAUUAAAUACUAAGGAGAAUGAAGAAUUCUGUGAUUACUAUUUUGAUAAGUAUGAAACUCUUAAAUUGGGUAAAUUAUUAGAAAUCAUAAAGCAAGAUAUGGCUACGGUAUAUUCCGAUAUGCUUUGCUUUCAAAAUCAAGAUGUCAUAACUAAAUUAACUAGAGUUGUAGUAUGCUUUAGUUGUUUCUUACAAGAUAAAGAUAAACAACAAGUUAAAGAUAAACAAUAUGAAUUAAUUGAGUAUUAUAAUCGAGGGUAUGUUACAUUGGCUGCUCUGUUGUAUUAUAAUUAUAAAAACAGUUAUAAGACAUUAAUAACUUUACGACAAUUCCAUCAAUUUAGUGAAGAAGUAUUAUCAAAUGCUCAAUUCACUAAUAAAUUUGAAGACAGCUUUAAUGCCAACUUUCAUCGUCUAAGAACACAUUUUAAGAUUAUAGAUUUAAAUCCCGUCGAGUACUUACCGGAAUUAAUAAAAUUCCUGUUAACUAAUUUAGUUAAUUUUGAAAUAUCUCAACAUAUUAUAGAUCUAAUAAUAUUUGAACAUUCAAGCAAUUAUGAGAAUUUCUUAAUUCAAUUAGUACUUGGACUAUUUUCUCAAAUUAAUUAUAAAUUAUUUGGAUCAAAGGAAGAAGUUCUUAAUGUAUUAAUACCGCAAUAUAAGGAUAAGGAAAAGGAUAAGUAUAAGGUUAAGGCUAAUAGAAAUAAUGAAAUGAAUGGUUAUUAUUUAAAUGUGGGUCAUGAGUUUGAUUUUAUAGAUAUAGUUAGAAACUUAAAAGUAUAG